GUGCGCGCCAAAAUAUUAUAACGAAAAAAAUAUAUUGUUUUAUACGUCAAAACGGUGUGAGCUCGUGUCGUCCUAUCGUCGCGACCUCCGUUUUAACAGCCCACCACCAUAUUAUAAUAUUAUUGUAAUAUAAAUCGUCACUAUACUGUAAUAUCGUUAUAAAAAUCCGUUAUAGACGUCGUCUAAAAUAAAUUUCCGAUUUUUCGACGGGUGACACUCACACUUUACAACAGAGUCCAUCUCGGCGGUAGUGGUGUACAGGUGAUUGUCAUGCGCGCAUGAGUGGCGCGGUGUGACCGUGUAGGCGAACGGCGUACAACGUUUUAUAGAAAUCGCGCGUCGCGUCGCCGUCGACCGCAGUCGUCCGCAGACAACCGGUCUUCACGGCGGUAUUUUGCGGCGGGCGUGCUCGCGCUCAGGUCACGCCCGUGCGUUAACACGCCACUGCAGUGGCACAGCAUCGCAUAGUUAUGCCGUCGGCAUCGUCGGCGUCGUUUGUCUCUCUGGUGGUCGUCUUCGCCACUGCUGCCAUAUGGCCGUCCGCCGAGUCGUACCGCGUGGACAAGUACUCGCUACUCAUGCCCAAUGUCCAGCCCAAAAAGAUGGAUUUAUACUUAUGCACUCCUAUUAGGAUAGACCCAAGCAAGUCUUACUUUAUUGUCGGUUUCGAGCCAAAAGCUCAUGGUCAUACAUCGCACCAUAUGUUACUUUAUGGAUGUUCGGACCCUGGAAGUGAAGAUCCCGUUUGGAAUUGUGGAGAAAUGCAAAUGGCAUCAAGUACACAUAAGGCGUACAUGCAUUCCACCCCAUGCAAAUCAGGAUCUAAUAUAAUGUACGCUUGGGCUCGUGAUGCACCAACUUUGAAACUUCCAGAUGGUGUUGGAUUUAAAGUCGGAGGGGAUUCGCAGAUCAAUUAUUUAGUUUUACAGGUUCACUACCACAGGACGUUUGAUGAUGAUGAAACGGAUAACUCUGGGAUAUACUUACAUUACACAGAACAACAAUUAGAUAAACAAGCUGGAGUAUACUUACUAGCUACAAAUGGAAGGAUUCCUCCAAAUUCGAUCGAACACAUGGAAACAUCGUGUCCUCUCUACGAGACUGGAAAAGUCAUACAUCCGUUUGCGUACAGAGUCCACACCCACGAACUUGGUAAAGUUGUAGCUGGUUACAGAGUAAAGAAUAGUAACGGAGUACAAAAAUGGGAUUUACUAGGAAAAAGAGAUCCUAUGACUCCACAAAUGUUUUAUCCAAUAGAGAACAAUAUUACAGUCAAGUUUGGUGAUAUUUUGGCUGCCAGGUGCACAAUGGAAAGCAGACGAAACACCGUUACUAGAAUUGGCGCAACGAGCGACGACGAAAUGUGCAAUUUUUACGUGAUGUACUGGGUAGAGGGGACUGAACCUUUGGAACAACAGCUCUGCGUAUCGGAAGGAUCUCCGCGGUAUUAUUGGUACAAUGAUCCGUAUCUGACGAACAUACCGGAUGAAGAAGCGUCGACCUUAUAAACACUAGCUAGUUAACAAAAUGUUAUAAUUAUUGAUUUUAUUUUUGGUUGUCAGAUAUAAUCGGUGCCUGUUUUAUUUAUGAAUAUUUAUCUAUAAUAGGUACACGUCCCAAUACCAACAUUCCUCUUUUAUUUUUUAAUAUAAUUUAUUGUUAUUUAUUAUCA